AUGAGAGAUGAGGUGCAGAACUAUAGGCAUUCAACCGUAAAAGCACAGGGACAGAGCAUGACGACAGGUAGAAAGCGCCUAUCUGAGGGACUGAGUGUGACGCAGAAGGUGUUUGUGCGCUCGCGCAACGGCGGCGCGACCAAGGUGGUGCGGGAGCACUAUCUGCGCAACGACAUUCCGUGUCUGUCGCAGGCAUGCACGGCGUGCCCUGCAGUGGUGGCUCCUGACGCGCAGAACGAGCUGCCGCGGUUUGUGCUCUCUACAGAGCCGAGCGGCGGGCGGUACGUGGUGGUAGACACGAACAUUGUGCUGCAGGCGAUCGACCUGCUGGAAAACCAGAAGUGCUUCACGGACGUGGUGGUGCCGCAGGUGGUGUUGGAGGAGGUGCGGAACCAGUCGUACCCGGUUUAUAUGCGGCUUCGGACGCUGUGCCGCGACAGUGACGAGACGAAGCGGUUUGCAGUGUUCCACAACGAGUUUUGCGAAAGCACAUACGUCGCGCGGGCGGCGGAUGAGAGCGUCAACGAUCGUAACGACCGGGCAAUUCGGCGCACCGUUGAGUGGUACAGCGAGCACCUGCGCGAGCGGGGCAUUGUGGCGGUCCUUGUGACCAACGACCGCGAGAAUCUGGCACGUGCGGUGGGCGCGGGCCUGGAGGCGCAGUCACUCACGGAGUAUGUGGAGUCGCUGCCCAAUGCGGACGAGAUUAGGGACGCAGUGCCCAACCUGGAGCCGCCUGCUGUGGGUCGUGACGAUAUGGCCAGGGCGGGCUUUACGUACCCCGAGUACUACGCGACGGGCCGGCUCAUGGGUGGGCUCAAAAACGGCUCUCUGUACCAGGGUGUGGUCCAGAUAUCGGAAUACAACUUUCUGGAGGGCACAGUCUCGAUACCGAACUUCAGCAAGCCUGUUCUAGUCCGCGGACUCAAGAACCUCAACAGGGCGUUCAAUGGGGACCAAGUUGUGCUUGAACUGCUGCCGCAGUCCGAGUGGAAGGCGCCUUCCAUGGUGACCAUGGACUCCGAGCACUUUGAUGUGAACGACAACCCAGACAGCGAUGAGGAGAACCAUGAGGUGACUGUCAUCUCCGACAAGCAGCGGCGUUUGUUGGCGCAAGAUGCUAUCAACGCGCAGAAGACGACAAAGGUGCAACCCACGGCCAGGGUGGUGGCAAUCACAAGGCGUUCAUGGAGACAGUAUGUUGGCCAGAUUGCUACCAAUACGUUAGAUCUACAAGACUCUAGCACGCAAAAUGUUUUUGUCAUUCUCAUGGACAAAUGCCUACCGAAGAUCAGAAUACGCACUCGGCGUGCAAAGGAGUUGUUGAAUAAGCGGAUUGUUGUCGCUAUAGAUAGCUGGCCAGCGACUUACAAAUACCCACUUGGUCACUUUGUGCGUGAGCUUGGGGAAGUCGAGUCUGUCGAGGCCGAGACCGAAGCACUACUGCUAGAACACGACGUUGAAUAUAGACCAUUCUCAAAGAAGGUGCUGGAGUGUCUACCUGCAGAGGGCCAUGAUUGGAGGGCACCUGCUGAUUUGAGUGAUCCGGAAGCCAUCUCCAAAGACCCGCUGCUGCCGAAGCGCAGAGAUUUGCGGGACAAGUUAAUUUGUUCUAUCGAUCCCCCAGGAUGUGUGGAUAUAGAUGAUGCGCUACAUGCUAAACGUCUUCCAAAUGGAAACUGGGAGGUCGGUGUCCACAUUGCCGAUGUUACGCAUUUUGUCAAGCCGGGAACUGCGUUGGAUACCGAAGGUGCUUCUAGAGCAACGUCUGUCUACCUGGUCAACAAACGUAUUGAUAUGCUUCCUAUGCUUUUGGGUACGGACUUGUGCUCUCUAAAGCCCUAUGUUGACAGAUUUGCGUUUUCUGUCCUUUGGGAGCUCGACGCGGAUGCCAAUAUCGUCAACGUAGACUUCACAAAGUCGGUCAUUAGAUCCAGAGAAGCGUUCUCCUAUGAAGCCGCGCAGCUACGUAUUGACGAUGUUAAUCAGAAUGAUGAACUAACUAAUGGGAUGCGUGCAUUGCUAGAACUGUCCAAAAAGUUGAAGCAGAAGAGAUUGGAUGCAGGUGCGUUGAACCUAGCGUCUCCUGAGGUCAAGGUCCAUAUGGACAACGAAACAUCGGAUCCAAAUGAGGUGGAGAUUAAAAAGCUGCUUGCUACGAAUUCGCUGGUUGAAGAGUUCAUGUUACUUGCUAAUAUCUCCGUAGCAAGAAAGAUCAACGAUGCUUUCCCUCAAACUGCUAUGUUAAGAAGACACGCGGCUCCUCCUUCUACAAAUUUCGAAGCGCUAAAUGAAAUGCUACAAGUUAGAAAGAAGAUGGCUAUAUCUCUUGAAUCUUCCAAGGCACUAGCGGACUCCUUGGAUCGUUGCAUAGAUCCAGAAGACCCGUACUUCAACACCUUGGUCCGCAUUAUGUCCACUAGGUGCAUGAUGGCUGCGCAGUAUUUCUAUUCUGGUGCAUUCUCUUACUCUGAUUUCCAUCAUUAUGGUCUUGCGGUGGACAUUUAUACGCAUUUUACAUCGCCAAUCAGACGGUACUGUGAUGUUGUUGUUCAUAGACAGUUAGCAGGGGCGAUUGGAUAUGAACCAUUGGACUUGACGCACAGGGAUAAACAAAAGAUGGAAAUGAUUUGCAAGAAUAUCAAUAGAAGGCAUAGAAAUGCACAGUUUGCUGGUCGUGCAAGCAUUGAAUACUACGUUGGGCAGGUAAUGAGGAACAACCAUUCUGUCGAGACUGGUUAUGUUAUCAAAGUAUUCAACAACGGUGUCGCAGUGUUGGUCCCCAAGUUUGGAGUCGAAGGAAUGAUUUUGCUGGAAAACCUGACGGAUGACUUUUCCAGUGCCGAGUUCGUGGAGGAAGAAUACACACUCAACUUCAAAGACAAGACAGGCAAGACCAGAACCGUUCAUGUGUUUGAUAAGGUGGAGGUAGAAGUCAAGUCGGUCCUUGACCCUGUAACUAGUAAACGUAAGGCGCAGUUGCUGCUAAAGUGA